AUGCCACCAAAAAAGCCAACUACGGAGCCUGUUAAGAAGCGCCAGACAAAAAUAACCGAACUCCUUACUGUCGGAAAACACGACGGGGAUGAAAAGUCGGCCGCGCCAGAGACUUCUUCACCACCAAGUGAAGUUGAAGAGCAAGUAAAUGAUAAAAUUCGUGCAUCUAAAGAACCUUCGCUUAAUGUUAAACAUACUGGCAAACUAACUUUCCACGAUGAGCAUCUCACACCUGAGCAAAAACUCUUGCACGCCUUCGAUCUCACUUAUAAAUUUGGUUCGUGUGUUGGGGUGACACGUCUUGAGCGAUGGGAACGUGCAAAACGAUUAGGAUUGAAUCCGCCAGAAGAAAUCAAGGAAUUAUUGAUAGCCGAAAAUGCAGAUAAAGAUCCUGAAAUAAGAGAAUCAUUAUUCUAUGGAAGAGUUUAA